UUUUCUCAUGCCACCUGCUCCAUUGCCGGAAACACAAAGCAAACGCCCCUCCAUAGCAGGUCCCGGCCUGCUGCUGCUGCUUUUACUAGAUACUAGCAGCUUACUAACUCAAAUAUCCGCCCCUAGCCCUCAACCUCGACUUACUUCACGACCGCCGGCGUAUAAGAAAACUUGGGGCUCCUACGCACAAACACACGCACACUCUCUCUCUCUCUCUCUCUGUCCACGUCCCAUCUUCAACAUUGAAUUCAGCUCUGGAAAUUCGAAUCCAUUCAUCCUUCUGCCAAGAUCUGAGUAAAGGGGCCUCGAGCUUUGAUAUCCUGCUUCUGCAGAUUUUCUUCCGCUCAACCUCCCUUCCUCCACUCACUCUCAUAAGCCAACAACCCGCGACAACACGCGUCAAACACCACGCUCAUCAACCUUGGCCAGGAGCUUCUACUCUCCAUCCCAAUCUCUUCUCGGGCCUCAUCUUCAACAAUGCCUUACAACACCAACGCCAUCCCUCCUCGAAAGGAGCCCACGGGGCAGACUCAAUUGCCAUUAUCAAGAGUCAAGAAGAUCAUCAGCCAAGACCCAGAUGUCCAGAUGUGCUCCAACAAUGCCGCCUUUGUCAUCACGUUAGCCGCUGAAAUGUUCAUCCAGCAUCUCACUGAGGAGGCCCAUGCUCAGGCAAAACUAGAACGCAAGCCCAGGCGCAACAUUCAGUACAAGGACGUCGCCAAUGCCAUCUCACGCCGAGACAACCUCGAAUUCCUAGAGGACGUCGCCCCCAAAACCACCACCUUCAAAAAGGCAAAGGCCGCUGCCCAGGCCCAAUCUCGCGGCGAGACAGUCGCUGAUGCAGACUCAGCUGCUGUUCACCGCGCUACGGCAAAUGGCAGUAAGAGCAAAGCCAACGGAGGCAAGGCCGCUGUCAACGGUCAGGGUAAAGCCGGCACCAACCCCUUCACACUGUCCCUUCGUGGCGAGGAAAGCGGCAAGAAAGAGAGCAUCACAACGGCGACUGCUGCAGCGGCGUCAAAUAAUCCGAAUGAUCAGCUUGAGCUGGAGAUGAGGCAGGCCACGCGCCCUCAGGAUGAUGCCGACGUGGACAUGACGGGCUAGAAGCGAGUUGUCUUGUGUCACGAAGCUUUACCGCGUAAAAGGGUUGUCUCUUGGACUGCGAUGCCGUCAACCCGUGGGAAGCGAUGCCGGCUUAGGAGCAUGUAAAAUUAAGGGUUCAUCAUCAUUGCUGUUGCAUCUUCAUUGUGGGUAGUUUUAGUUGGUCUUUGGAGUUUAUAUAUUUAAUGGC